AAUCUCAUUGUUGUUCCCUGAGAUGGCUCGUACUAAGCAAACAGCCAGGAAGUCGACCGGAGGCAAGGCGCCGAGGAAGCAGCUUGCCGCCAAGGCUGCUCGUAAAUCAGCACGGGCCACCGGAGGAGUGAAGAAGCCUCACCGUUUCAGGCCGGCAACUGUGGCUCUGAGAGAGAUCAGGAAGUACCAGAAGAGUACUGAGCUCUUGAUCCGAAAGCUUCCGUUCCAGAGCCUUGUGCAAGAGAUCGCUUAGGAUUUCAAGACCGAUCUCAGGUUCUAGAGCAGUGCAGUCGCUGCUCUCUAGGAAAUAUUCAUCUUCUUCUCUACCAUUGCUCUCCACCUUCUCAUCGUCGGUCACUCACCACUUCGCAGCAACCGGAAAGGCUACCUUAAUU